ACCGAAGCAGGCAGGUGAGGGCUCCCGGCCGGCCCAGCCCCAGAAGCUCGCCGGAGCGGGAGGGGCGGGCCGUGUCCACGCGCCAGGCCCCGGCCCUGAGAGCCAGCCCCGCGCCCCCUGGGGCCGAGCGGCGGGAGGACGGCCGGACGCACGCGGCGCCGGACCGCUGGCCCCGCGCCUGCCCUCGCCGCGCCCGGGCCGGGCCGUGCGUCCUGCUCCCCGCGGGCUCUCCGGAGGCGGGGGCCGCUGCCCGCCCGGGAUGGGCCGGGGCCGCGCGCUGGCCGCGCUGCUGCUGCUGCUGCUGCCCGCGGCCGCGCUGGGCGCGCCGGGCGCCGCGGAGGCCUUCGGCGAGGACGUGCUGCGCGUGUUCGGCUCCAACCGCAGCCUGUCGGCCCCGCAGCUGGCGCGCCUGCUGGAGCGGCUGGGCGCCGGCCCGGGCGCGCUCCCCGGCGCGCUGCACUUCAACCAGUGCCUGUCCGCCGAGGAGAUCUUCUCCCUCCACGGCUUCUCGAACACUAGCCUGCUGAGUAGCUCCGACCUCCCUGUGGUCUGUCCCGCCAUCCUCCAGCAGCUCAGCUUCCACCCCUGCGACGCCCGGCCCACGCUCGGCUCCAAGCCCAGCAUCUCCGAAGUCUGGGGCUAUGGCUUCCUGGCGGUCACAGUCAUCAACCUGGCGUCUCUUCUUGGGCUGAUCCUGACCCCGCUGAUCAAGAAGUCGUACUUCCCCAAGAUCUUGACCUACUUCGUGGGGCUGGCGAUCGGCACGCUGUUUUCCAACGCGAUUUUCCAGCUGAUCCCGGAGGCCUUUGGCUUCGACCCCAAAAUCGACAACUACAUUGAGAAGGCCGUUGCUGUCUUUGGGGGGUUUUACAUCCUUUUCUUCUUUGAGAGGGUCCUGAAGAUGCUGUUGAAGACGUAUGGCCAGAAUGACCACACCCACUUUGGAAAGGAGGACUGCAGGGCGCCCCAAGAGAAAACCCCGCCUGCUAAGGCCCUCCCGGCCCUCAACGGGGUGACGACGUGCUAUGCCAACCCGGCCGUCACGGAGCCCAGCGGGGUGACGACGUGCUACGCCAACCCGGCCGUCACGGAGCCCAAUGGACACAUCCACUUCGACAAUGUCAGCGUGGUGUCCCUUCAGUGCCGGGGGACCGACCCAGGAGGACCUCAUGUAUGCAAGUUUGGAAAAAGUGGAUCAAGACUUGGACGGGCCCCCGGCGCCCAGGUCCUCGUGCCCCUGCCUGCGGGGGCCCCGGCUGUCGGAGAUCGGCACCAUCGCCUGGAUGAUAACGCUCAGCGACGCGCUGCACAACUUCAUCGACGGCCUGGCCAUCGGCGCGUCCUGCACCGUGUCCCUGCUGCAGGGCCUCAGCACGUCCAUCGCCAUCCUGUGCGAGGAGUUUCCGCACGAGCUGGGCGACUUCGUGAUCCUGCUGAACGCGGGCAUGAGCGCGCGCCAGGCGCUGCUCUUCAACUUCCUGUCGGCGUGCGCCUGCUACGCGGGGCUGGCGCUGGGCGUGCUGGUGGGCAACGGCUUCGCGCCCAACGCCGUCUUCGCGCUGGCCGGCGGCAUGUUCCUCUACAUCUCCCUGGCGGACAUGUUUCCAGAGAUGAACGACAUGCUGAGAGAAAAGGUAACAGGCAGGAGAACGGACUUCACCUUCUUCAUGAUCCAGAAUGCAGGGAUGCUCACGGGCUUCACGGCUAUCCUGCUCAUCACUCUGUACGCAGGAGACAUCGAACUGGAGUAGAAGCAUCGGGAGAAGGCGCGGCCUCAGGCGCCCAAUGGGUCAAACACCUCCGGUGGAUUUUUAAGCGCAUCCUUUGUAGUUCAAAUAUAAUUUUGUCUUUCACUGUAGGUCAAAAGUGGAUGAAUGGUCUCUGAUGUGUGGAAUUGGUUGCUGUUUGUUGUUUAGAAUGCUUCAAAGGGGUCUUCGCCUGAAGUAUGACACUUGAGAUCUUUAGAAAAUCACAGCAAGCUGGAAACUUCUAGUCAUUUCGACCCCAAGGCCCAGAGAGCAAAAUGGCCACCAAAGAUGCUGUUAUAACACUUGGCUGAGGGUCCCAGGGACAAGAGGCUGUAGAGGGUUUUCUGUCGAUGACUGCUGUGGGGCUUUCCAGAAAGAGCAAGAGCAUCCCAGUGAGGAAGAGAAUCCAGACACCACGGCCCCGGUCCCGAGACCCACUCCUGGCUGGGGUCUGCCUUGCACUUUGCUGAGGGCCUUGCAGGGUAUUUCUUGAGAACCACCCUGAAAUGAAUCGCCUUCUGAACUCAGUCCAGUUUCCCCCGUCUGCUAGGUAUAGACUUUGCCCCUUUGUCUGCAGGUGCGACUCCCCUGGCUCCACAGGCUGCCGGACUCACUUCUCUCUGGCGGCGCUGGGCCCAUCUAGUCCCACCGGGAGCAGGGCUCGGAGCGUGUGUUCGGAAGGGAGGAGUCGGUCGGCUUGUAUGCAGAAAUGCAGUGUAGUUCUAAGCAGUUUACUCAGAGGUGCUUCUCAGAAAAUACUCUGCAGAGAGUAUUUUCAGUUAAUGCAAAACUGGCUCAACGGAUCUACAUCGAUGAACUCGAAAGUGUAGGUGCCUUCCUGGGGACUGAGAGCCUUUUGUAGUGGACCUCUUUCCCUUCAUCUACAUUUUCCCUCUCUCCUCUACACUGGGAAAGCUCUGAGCACACUGGGUAUUUUUUUUACUCUUUAUAAAAGAUGGAGCCUGUUUUACCCAGCUAGCAGAUAUAAGAAAUUGGUCUAAAAUCAAACAUCUUAAUUAUAAUUCACACGUCCAAGCUACUUAAAAAUGAUUUGACAGGAAAAUGAUUGAUAAAAACUAACAACCUCAGGAAUUGCAUUUUCCCACAGAACACAAAAAUAUCAAAUCGAUAGUGCAGAUUGGAUGGAUGAUAAAUAUAUAUUAAUCUUAUAAUGGACAGAUAAACAUGUUUGUUUAACCUCAAAAAGCACCUUUGAGGUCACAUAUUGCAUUACCUAUUACGAAUUUAUGUUUUUUGAAUGACUCAUAUAUCUGGUGUUAUGGAGAGAGAGAUGAAUGGGAAAUGGGAGAUAAGUUUUCCCAGAUGUUCAGCAAAUAAAUAAAGAGCAUUCUUCAU